AUGGCAAACCAACAGUUAGACUAUAAGUUUCUCUCGACUUCACGUGGUGGACGUUAUCUAGUUGUUGAAGGCUUUGUGUUUCGAUUGAAUCGAAGACGCAACGAUGCUUCAUGGGCAUCUUGGAGAUGCCAGGAGAAGACAUGUGCUGCGACUGUCUCUACUGUGAACGACAUCAUCACCAAGCAUCCCAGCCCACAUAACCAUGGACCUGUCCAUAAUGAGAUAAAGGUCAGAGAGACACUGGACAGGAUGAAGAUGGUGGCCAAGUCAUCUCUGGGUCCGAUACCGACGCUGUACAACGAGGUUCUGGCCUCAGUGAGCGAUGGUCCUUGUUCAGUACGCUGCUGGGAGGAAACCGCCACCAAAAAGGAGGAACUGGAUACAUGA